GACGGUUCCUCCAGUCCUGUGUCUAGUUCUUCAACAUAUUGUCGUUGUCAAGCAUUAUUUUGUUUACUUUUCUCAAACAUGAGAAAAUUUUUUUGAUACCAAAAGCUUCUCCGUGGAAAGGUUGCUUUUUGUUGUUUUUGUAGAACGGAUGAUGAAUGGUUUUGAAAAUAUUAUCGAAGGAAUCGGAAACGAAGUUUUGUGGUCUGUGUCUGGAAUUAUUAGCGUUACAUUAGGCACUUAUUUCAUGUAUCAAAGGUUUCAGAAUGCCAGGGUCUUUGGGGGGCAUAACUCCUCCUCCCCCCUCCCUGGAGUGUCGAGCGGGAGCAGCCGAUUGAUCGAGCAGAGGCGCGAGGGGCCCUCGAGGCACUUCGGCUACGACCAGCAGUGUCCAGUAUGUUUGGUCGAACCGCGGUACCCCGUGGAAACAAAUUGCGGUCAUGUCUUCUGUGCGGAAUGCGUCAUCACCUAUUGGCGGCAUGGAAAUUGGAUAGGCGCCAUCAAAUGCCCAGUAUGUCGACAGACUGUGACUGUGCUACUUCAGUGUUUCAGUGAUACGGACAGAGAAGAUGUGGAAGUCACUGAGCGUCUCUUACAUGACAUAAAUGAUUAUAACCGACACUUUUCCGGAGAGCAGAGAUCGUGGCUGGAAUACUUUUGGGACCUCCCCACCCUACUGCGGCAUGCGGGCUCGGAGUUCUUCUCUGUGGGAGGCCUGAUGUACAUGUUCCGCCUGCGCAUCUUUUUGUGCUUCGUGGCUGCCAUCAUGUACCUCAUCUCGCCUCUUGACAUGAUCCCAGAAGCUGUGUUCGGCAUCCUAGGACUCCUAGACGACAUGUUUGUGGUGCUCUUGCUGGCCAUCUACGUGACUGUGAUAUAUAGACGCUUUCUGGCCACCAGGUGGCAGAAUGCGUAACUCUCCUUCCCCACCCUGUUGUAGUUCCCGACCGACCCAACAGCGACACACCAAAUCGAAAUAUUGAAGGGCAAGAUUGGUGGCCGCCACCUGGUGACUUAAUAAAAAAAGGUGUCGACUAAACUUUAAGCCGAUUCGCCAUUCGGUCGCUACUUUCCCCAACCCCACCUGUCUUAGUGAUUAAUAAUUGCGAUAUCAAUUACUUAUAUUAACCUUUAUUUAAAUUGACUAUUUUUAUAUUUUAGUAGCAGUUAAAAAGCUAAUUUUUUUCGUUUUUGUUUAGAAUAAAAGUGACAACUAGUUGAGACAAACUUAACCUGGCAGCAUUGUGAAGGCUAUGCAUAUCCUGAUCGCAGCUUUAUGUUAGGUUUACCCCAACUACAGAAACAAAGGAGUAGCAACGAAUAAAUUUGCUUCAACUCUUCACUUUCGACCAGAAAAAAUUCCCAAUUGUGAUCUUUAUGAAGCAUCUGCCUUGCAGUCUCCAUUGUAUGUGCUAAACAUUUUACUGCCAACUUUUAUUUCAUUCAGCUUUUUGGUUCA